AUAGAGGACAGGAUAAGAGAGCAAAAUGCUGCAGCUUCUGAUCACUGCUCUGGGGAUUUGCCAGGCCGCCUCACUGGCAAUUUCAACUCCUGGGUCUCUUGAUGAACAUGGGGUUUGUCAAUGUUCAUUGAUUGUCCCAGAUAUGACCUUUCCUGCUGAUCGAUUGGAGAUUCUGGAAAAAGAAAACAUGAAACUGAGCGUCAGCUUCCAGGAACAGAUCACUAAGAUAGGAAAUUACCAGGCCACUUUAACAGGAUACCUGCAGAAGCUGACCAAUCUGACCAAGAAGGUUGACAAUAUGCAAAUGGGAGGCAUCUCAUACACAGAGCUUGACUUUGAACUGCUGAGGCUAGAGAUUAAUGAGAUGGAAUCUUUAGUAGUCCAACUCAAAUCUUCUAUCAAUGGUUCCAGUGUUUUAGUGGAGAGUCUCUUUGUUGAGAUACACAACAUCUCCAUUAUGGUGAACCAACUGGAGUCAUAUGAUAAAAACAAUGUGUUAGCUGUGCGACGGGAGAUAGCUGCCUUGCGGAAGCGCCUGGAAGAGUGUGAGAAGAACCAUGUUAAUCCUACACAACCUUCUAUUAGUUAUGGAACUUGCAAACAUGGAGGAUUGGCAAACAUCAGUAAACCUUUUGUGGUGCAGUUGAACUGGCUGGGAUUUCCCUAUAAAUUUGGAGGAUGGGGUAAGGACACAUUUCCAGGAGCCAAUCAAGAUAUUCAUUGGGUAGCUCCUCUGCAAACCGAUGGACGCAUAAUGAACAUUAUGAGAUUUUAUGCAUCCUACGAUGACCUCUUGCUUUUUAAGAAGCCUACAGAUAAAAUACUCACUAAGAAUCUGCAAUACAAUCAAAUUGACUAUUCCAUUUGUGGACAAGGUGGAGGUAUGAUGGUUUAUAACAACUCAAUGUAUUACAACUGCUACAACACCAAAGACAUCUGCAAAUACAAUGUGGACACUAAUGCUGUAGAACGUAAGCCACUAACAGAUGCUUCCUUCAAUAACCGUUUCUCCUAUGCCUCCUCCAGUUGGCAAGAUAUAGAUCUAGCCAGUGAUGAAGAUGGACUUUGGGUGAUUUAUUCCACUGAACAAAAUUCUGGAAACAUUGUGAUUAGCAAACUCAAUUCCACCACCUUAACAGUGGAAAAGACUUGGACCACCUCUCAGUAUAAGCUUGGAGCAACAAAUGCCUUCAUGGUCUGUGGUGUUCUUUAUGCCACUAGAACACUUAGUACUCGAAAGGAGGAGAUAUUCUAUAUGUAUGACACAAAAACAAACAAGGAAGGAAAACUAAGUAUAAUUCUGGACAAGAUGAUGGAAAAUGUUCAGAGUCUUGCUUAUAAUCCAAAUGAUCAAAAGCUCACUAUGUACAAUGAUGGUUACUUAAUCAGCUAUGAUCUUGCCUUCAAACCAUUGUUGAAUCUGGCUUAAAUCAGACUUUUCUGGCAAGAUGGGUCAAAAUAGAGACUUGUUUGCACUCCUUUUCUAGCAAUUUCUUUUACGCAAAGACUCCAUUCUCUUUUUUUUCCAAAAUACAGGUAUUUUUAGAACCACUGUCUUCUCAUUGUUUAUCAGUAACAGAAUACCAUAGUAUUUUAUUGUGUUUUUUUUUUACUUUGCACUCAAAAGAGAUAAAAUAAUAAAAAAUU